GAACUUGCUAGCUGGUUGAGCUUCCUGUGUGAGUCACAUCGUGGUAACAGACAGCACUUUCGUCACUUUUGGACGACAUCGUGAAUAUAUCGAGUGAAAAACAUCCAGACUGAUGUUGAAGUCAAACCAGAUGGCGGACUGUGUAUCUAAGGUGGAGCUGACCAUCUCUUGUUCGGACCUGCUGGACAAAGACGUGGGAUCAAAGUCGGAUCCGCUAUGUGUGCUGCUGCAGCGCUCUGGAAAAGAUAGCUGGACUGAGCUGGGCCGCACCGAGCGUAUUGAGAACACCUCCAGCCCGUCCUUCAGUCAGCGCCUCCGUCUGAACUACCACUUUGAGACGGUUCAGAACCUCAAACUGGGCGUUUAUGACAUUGACAACGCAUCCCGUGACUUGGGCGACGAUGACUACCUGGGAGGUGUGGAACUCACCUUGGGACAGAUUGUUUCCAGUAAAACUCUGACCAGACCACUGCAGCUGAAGAAAGGAAAACCUGCUGGCAAAGGAAGCAUUACGAUUACUGCAGAGGAGAUAAAGGACAACAGAGCCAUCCAGUUGGAGCUGGAAGCUAAGAAUCUGGACAAGAAGGACACCUUUGGCAAAUCGGACCCCUUCCUGGAGUUCUUCAAAAAAGGAGAUGAUGGAAAAUGGCAGCUGGUGCACAGAACAGAGGUGGUGAAGAACAACCUGAAUCCUAGCUGGAAGAAGUUUUCGGUCCCCCUGCAGACAUUCUGCAGCAGCGACCUGGAAAGGCCUCUCAAGGUGGAUUGUUCCGACCACGACAGCGACGGCUCCCACGACCUCAUCGGCUCGUUCACCACCAAAGUGUCCGAGCUGCAGAAAGCUGCCUCCGGCUCACCGGUGGCAUUUGAUUGCAUCCAUCCGGACAAGCAGAAGAAGAAGAAGAGCUACAAAAAUUCCGGGGUGGUCUCUGUGAAAAGCUGCAAGUUAGCCACGCAGCACAGCUUCCUGGACUAUGUGAUGGGCGGCUGCCAGAUUAACUUCACUGUGGGCAUCGACUUCACGGGCUCCAACGGGGACCCUCGCUCUCCCAAUUCUCUCCACUACUUGAGUCCAGACGGGUUAAACCAGUACCUGUCUGCACUCUGGUCCGUGGGCCAGGUCAUCCAAGACUAUGACACUGAUAAACUCUUCCCCGCGUUUGGUUUUGGAGCCAAACUUCCUCCUGACUACCAGGCCCCACAUCACGAGUUUGCCCUCAACUUUAACCCCACCAACCCCUACUGCCAAGGCAUUCAGGGCAUCGUGGAAGCCUACAGGAUGGUUCUCCCUCAGCUUCGACUCUCUGGCCCGACUAACUUCUCCCCCAUCAUCAACCACGUGGCCUCCAUCGCCUCCGGCGCCGCCCAGAGCAACAGCGCCUCUCAAUACUUUGUCCUCCUCAUCCUCACCGACGGCGAGAUCACCGACCUGGACCAGACCCGGGACGCCAUCGUGCGCGCCUCUCGCCUGCCCAUGUCCAUCAUCAUCGUGGGCGUGGGGCCGGCUGACUUUAAGGCCAUGGAGCUGCUGGACGGAGACGACGGCGUGCUGAGGUCCACGGUGGGAGAGGCCGUUGCCAGGGACAUCGUCCAGUUUGUCCCCUUCCUCAAGUUCAAAGAUGCCCCCCAGGCGACUUUGGCACAGUCAGUGUUGGCUGAGGUGCCCACACAGGUGGUGUCCUACUUCAAAAUGAGAGGCCUGCAGCCCCUCAAGGUGCCCGCCAAAGCGCCCGCCAAAGCGUGAACGCCACACGUGCCGCAUUCCCGCCUUCUUAACGCACUCCCAACGCACCCACCAUCCAUACGCAACGGACCAAUCAGCUGCGCUUAACUGGCGCCCCCCCUUGCCCCUUUGACUAGAGUAUUUUUUAUAGAGAGAAAUAAUUGCUUGCAGAUAAAAAGGACUCCACUGAAAUCCGCAAAUAAUAGGCGCUUCCUAAUAACAGCUAUGAAAAAAAAAAUUGCCAAGCAUUGGGUAAAAAAAAAAGUGUCAAAAGCACAGUAUUUCCAUUGUAUCACUUUCAUUGUCAUAAGAUGUUUUGUUUACUGAAAAGACAGGGCUUGAUUCUCAUAGGAUAGUUUUAAUUUUUUUCUAAAUAAUUCAACAUACAAGUAACCACUUUUCUUGAAAAUAUGUAGCUUAUUUCUUCUAAAAGACUGACUUAAUUAUUGUAAGAUUACAUCAUUCUCGUGCAAUUGGGGUCCCUAAAUAACAUUUUCAUGGGAAAUAUUUUGACUUUAUUACUCUGAAAUGAAACAUUUCAGAGUAAUAAACAACAACUUUUUUCAACUCAAAUAUUCUCAGAAGAUUGCUACUUUAUUUUCACCAUGUAAUUCAUUUUCAUUUUAAUCAGCGUGGCCCUCGUACUCCUUUUGUACCGAUAGCUACUCUUGGACCACGCCUUAUUUUGUAUUUUACUCGCAAAGGACCAAUCGCAUCCCUGCACUCUACUGGCAGCCAAUUACAAGGCCUGGAGGAAGUUUUUUUUUUUCACCCCCCCCCCCCCCCUUUUUUUUUCUUCGAAAACUAUGCAGCUUGGGUGAACGCACGUACAAACACACCUAUUGCAUUAUCGCUUGUUUCCAUGGCAACAUGGGGCUGUAGGGCAACCUAUAGACUUGACUAGUCUUUUGAUUGUAGCUUCUUCUCGUGGCCAUUAGUCGAAGUGCGGGUCCAAAUGUUUACUACGUAACCACGGGGACCAGUUCAGUCCUGUGUGUGUCUUGUCAGUCUUUGCCAAUUUUAUUGGCAAGAAGUUGAUUACUUUGCACUUUGGUCGAUGUCCUCUCUCGAUGCUGGAAUUUUUGUCACAGAAAUAUAUGCAAGACUUUAUCAUAGCUCAUCAUGCAACUUGUGCUGCCUUAUUCCAAAUGCCUUAUAAUAAUAAUAAUAAUAAUAAUUAUAGGUGUAGUAGCUUUUAAUAGUAACUAUACUAGAACUGACAUUCACAUGACCGGCAUAUGGAUUCCCAGCAUUGGUGCCAAAAAUGAUGACACAGAGCAAAUAUUUCAGAAAAUGUUUUGUGGCAAUUUCGUUUUUUUUACCACAAACCCCACAGAAAAAAGGAUGUAACUUGAACAAGAAGGGGAUGAUAAAAUAUAGAAGUGCCUUUGUCAAAGUUCUUAAAUUGAGCACUUCGAAAACACGCACACGUGUGCGCCACAACUGUGCCAAUGUAAAGGGAAAAAAAUGUUGCCUCUUGAUGCUAGUAGAAUACAAAAGAUGCAUGUUCUAUCCCAAACUUCGUGUUAGUGUGAAAAGAGGAAGACAUUUUUUUAUAAGUAGACAAAUAUCCAAAUGUAAAUUCACAAUGACUUCAAUUAAUUUGCAAAAGGUGAAAACGACACAUACUACAGUCAGAUGUCCCACAAUGCUUUGCUGCACAGCUCACUUGAGACCAGUAAGAAGGCACAAAACUGUAUUAAAAAUGCUUCAAAAAUGAAACCAAUAAAGCAA